AGGAUGACUCCACUCAGCCCUUUUUUGUAUGGAUGCACACACAUGUGCGCUGUAUAUUCGCAGUAACCCUAUUGUUGUUUUAUGCAAACGGUCUGAAGCUGGAUAGGACGCACAGAGACACAUGCAAAUCAGCUUAUCAGGCGGCGCAGGCUGCACAGCAGAGAUGAACGCUUCUCCACUUAGGAAAAUGCUGAUGAGCAGCUGUGGAUUUCCAAAACUCUUUAUCCCAACACCCUUGUCCUCUUGAAUAAACCAAGAAAGACAGAAAAACGUGAGAGCAGCUCUAAAACUUUACACCCUAAGAUAUUAAGAUGAGCUCAGACCCAGUGGAGCAGUCGGAGGCUCCGGCUGACCAGAAAGAGCGAAAUGGAAUAGACUUUAAUCGACAGAUUAAAACAGAGGACCUCAACGACUCCCCUCAUUCAGCAUCCGCAGUGAAGACAUGCCACCUCACACAGAGCUCUCCAGUGCAUGGGAGUCAGUUGGCUGGGGAGCUCACCUCCCUCCAUCCAAUGCAGCAGCUUGUUCUGAUGCCGCCCUCUCACUUGUCGACUCCAUCCCCCUUCCUCCUCUCCCAGAGUCCCUCCAACCAUCAAGCCCUCCUGCAGCCAAACCUGCUGUCCCUUCCUGGACAGAGUCCACCGGGUCUUCUUCAGCAUCAGUCUGGGUUAGCUCUGACUCCCCAGGCCAUGAGUCGUUCCGGUUUGGCUGGACCGUCCCUCGAGAACCACAUGGACAUGUCGCACCUGCAGAUGCCCAAACACUUGUCUGUGGCACCACAGGAGGAACCCAAUGAUUUGGAGGAACUGGAGCAGUUUGCCAAAGCAUUCAAACAAAGACGCAUCAAACUGGGCUUCACUCAGGGAGAUGUGGGUCUGGCUAUGGGAAAACUCUACGGUAAUGAUUUCAGCCAGACAACAAUAUCACGAUUUGAAGCGCUCAACCUCAGCUUCAAGAAUAUGUGCAAGCUCAAACCAUUGCUGGAGAAGUGGCUGAGUGAUGCAGAGAACUCACCUUCUGACUCGAUGAGCGCUUCGGCCUCUCUGCCGCCACUGAUGGAGGGCUAUGGACGUAAGCGAAAAAAGAGAACAAGCAUAGAAACGAACAUCAAGUUGACACUGGAGAAACGUUUUCUUGAUAAUCCAAAGCCCAACUCAGAGGAGAUAACCCUAAUUUCUGAGCAACUUUCCAUGGAGAAGGAGGUGGUUCGAGUUUGGUUCUGUAAUCGUCGUCAAAAGGAGAAGAGGAUCUACUGUCCUGUAGCUACUUUACCAGUCAAAUCACACAGCUACAACUCCAGAAUGGCCUCAACUUCAAGGUCCUACAGCCCUUUGGCUUCAGGUGGAGUUUCUUCAAAUUCAUCCCCGAAUAGCACGAGUCGGGAACCGUCUCCCAACAGUCUAUCUGCAGCUUCAGUUGCUUUGACCUCUCAGGUCAACCCAGCUUCCUACAGUGCACCGGGUUCUUGGUAUCGCACUUGGAAUCCUGCUGCUUAUCAUCACUGAGAACCACAAACUGUACAUAUGAAGCUUUUGACGAUUGCUGAAGAAUGAAGAUUGAUUAACACUCUCCCUGCUUUGAGCAGGGUUACAACUCAAUGCUAUAGCAACAAAACAGAUGCAUAACACAAACCAGGACUGUAAAGGAGAGGACUUUAAUACACACAUGUCCUGCCAGUUCAUCACUCAUGGAAGAUCCAAGAAGCCAGGAGCUGUUGGAUUAGUGCUUACAGGACUCCUUAUUCGACUGAAAAAUGAAGGAUCAAGAGAAAUAAUGAUCAGAAGUGACAGCAGGAAGUCUCAUGUUUGACUCCUCAUGCUAAAACCCAAAUAAUUUAUUUAAACGUUGAAGGGCUCAUUUGCAGAUUCACUGACAUUGCAAAAAAUAAAAAAUUGCAUCCUAA